AUGCUCGUGGGAUCAACUUUAGAAAGUUCCAUUGCCCAGGUGGACAAAUCCCAUACUCGGAUCCGAUUGGAUCCUAUAUCGGUUUCUGUCGGAUCUUAUCGGAAUCCGACGAAAUCCGAUAGGAUUCGUGGUGACGGAAUCGCAUUGGAUUCCGACGAUUACGGAUCCCAUGUCGGAUCCGAUCGGAUCCAACGUCGGAUUUGUUGA